UUUGCACACAAAAAACUCACAAGGAAUCAACAAACAGUGAACAUAAUAAACGCUAAACAAGAUCCACCUCGAUCACCCACCAGCCCCGUCCCACCCUUCCCUUCUUCUUCCAUACACUCACUGUCUCACACACAGAAGAAUUUUUUCUCUCGUCUUCUCUCUGUCUACAAGUGAAUCAGUUCUCGCGUCUUUCUUGAUAGAGGGAGAAAGAAGAAAUUUUCCUUGAAAAAAUUCUCUGCAAAUUCAUUUAAAUUUACGGUUUUGCUUCCCACUUUGAAUUUUUGUAUGUUUCUUGGCAAAAUCUCGAAAAAGAAAAUUAAUAUAGUGUUUGAUUCCCAAUAAACUGCCUAUUUCAAGAAAAUUUUGAGUGGAAGAUGAGGGAGGAGGAUUCCAAUUGGUUUGCAAAAUGGGAAGAGGAAUUGCCAUCACCAGAAGAGUUGAUGCCUUUAUCCCAAACCCUAAUAACUCCUGAUCUAGCACUGGCUUUUGAUAUUCGAAACCCACCACCAAAUCACAACCAUCAGAGCACUCCGCCGCGGCCACAGACCACCGCACACUCUUCUCAACCUAACUCUUCCGCGGAAUUCGACUCGGUUGAGUUGGUUGGGUCGGAAGGGGGUGGUGAUGGUGGAGUAGCCGGUGCCGGAGGUGGUGUGGGGUCGGACGAACCGGCUCGGACCCUGAAGCGGCCACGGCUUGUUUGGACUCCUCAGCUGCAUAAGAGAUUCGUGGAUGCUGUGGCUCAUUUGGGGAUCAAGAAUGCUGUGCCGAAGACUAUAAUGCAGCUGAUGAGUGUGGAUGGACUUACAAGAGAGAAUGUUGCUAGCCAUUUGCAGAAAUACAGGCUUUAUCUGAAGCGGAUGCAGGGAAUUUCCAGUAAUGGGAGUGGUGGUGUUGGUGGAAGUAAUGUUAGUGUGGAUCCUACAGACCAUUUGUUCGCAAGCUCACCUGUGCCGGCACAUUUUUUGCAUCCAGGCAGGCCAAAUACCGACCAUUUUUUGCCUUUUAUGCCUGUGGCCACAAUGCAGCAGCAGCAUCAGAUGGCGGCAGUGGUUGGUUCAGGGCCGGGGCCUGGGCCGCAUCACCAUCAGCAGCUGCAGCAGCAGUUUAGGCAUUUUGGGACCUCACCGCCAAACGGACAAUUUGAGCAUCCCUUUAUAAGGCAAUCACAGCAGCAGGUGCAGAGAAUGGGUGCGCCGGUUCAUAUUAGUAAUGGUUCGGUGGCACCUCCAUUGUAUGUCGAGGAUUCAGAGUCGGCCAGGGCUGGAAAUGGGAGGAAAGUCCUCACCCUGUUUCCAACUGGAGAUGAUUGAACUUGGGGUAUCCACCUUACAGUAACUAAAUUUUGGAGUCUACACCUUGGCUCUUCAAACUGCAGACAGGUUAAACCGCAGGUUGUGCCCCAAACUGACCAGUGCUCAAGAGCCCCCCCAACUGAUCUGUCAAAGUGCCAAGCAAGUCGUUUCCCAACUGGCAAAUAUGAGGGCGCUUCAAGGCUGACAAAUCAGAGGUCGUGAGUUCGAUUCUUAGAAGGCUCUUGGAAGGCAGAUAUUCUCCUAGAAUGUAGAAUUUAUCUUGGGAGACAUGAGCUCUACUGGAAGGUAAGGUGCAAAGAUUGAAGCGCCCUCA